AUGACUAAAUUAUUCUGCCCUCACUCCUCUUCCCCUUGUGAAUAUUGCCAUUACUCCUAUCUCCAUAAUAUAGAAACUUACCUGCUAACCACUAAAAAAUGCCCUAAACAUAAGACUAAUCUCAUCCAUUAUUAUGGAGAUACAGUUAUCUAUUGCCCAAAAGGUAAAGGGGACACUGAUGAAGAUUCUGUUAUUGAAGAAGAAGAUGGAGACUUUGAGAAAUAUUUAGAUAUUUGUUCUAGUGGAGAUUUUGGGGGAUACCGUGGUGAAGAUAAGCAGCUUAGUGGUCUUAUUUUUGCUCGAAAACAGGAAUUAGAACAAAUUAAAAAACAAAAACAAGAAUUAGAAUCCCAACUAACCCAACUAAAACAAGACUUAACCAAUAAAGAACAAGAAUUAGAACUUGCUGAGGGAGCCUUUGUGGAAGAUAUAACUGCCAUAGAAGAAAGGGCAACCGAACUAAAACAGGAUAUUGCUGAACGAACCCAAGACUCCUUUAGCCAAGGGGAAAUUACCCAGGCUUAUGAAAAGAUAGAUGGGAUUGUAGAUUUGGCUAAGCAAAAAAGGGAGGUGGAGAGACAAUUGAGGGAAAAAGAGGAGGAGUUAACAAGAUUGAGAGAAGAAUUAACGGUUAAAGUUCAGGCAGAGGAAGGAUUGAUUAAGGAGUUGGAGCAAUUGAAGGAGGAGAAAGGGGGGUUGGAGGGUAAAUUGGGGGAGUUAGAGACUAGUUUGACAGAAACUAGACAGGAGUUGGAUAGGUGGAAAAAAGAGUUAGGGGAUAAAGAACAGGAAUUAAAUUCUUUAAAAGAAAAAUUAACUACUGAACAAACUAAGUCAGGGGAAUUAGAAGGGCAAUUGGCGGGUUUGGUUGUUAGUAGUGGUUUACUUAGUCAACAAGUUGAACAACUAAAUAACCAACUAAGUGAGAAGAAGCAGGAAGUAGAGCAAAAGAGAUUAGAAAGUGAGAUAAAAAGUAAUUUAGUGAGGGAACAAAGCGAAAAGAUAAGAGAGCAAGAAGGGCAAAUAAAUAAUUAUCAGCAAUUAUUAAGAACUGCUGAAAAUAAUCUUAAAAAAGGGUCCGAAUUGCUAAAUAAAAAAGAAAGGCAAUUAGAGCAAUUGGAAAAAGAAAAGAAUUUGAUUGGAGAAGAGUUAGAGUUGGCUAGUAGUAGGAUAAGGGAGUUAGAGGGGGCUUUAUUGGCUGCUAAUAGUAAGAUUGGGGGAUUAGAAGCAAGAAUUAGGGAACUGGAAAGCAAUAAUGAUAAUUCAGAAGAAUUGGAAAGAUUAAAAAAAGAACUUACGACCGAGAAGCAAAAAUAUCAGCAAGAAAGGACUAAAUCCCAAAGCGAAAUAAAAAGAUUACAAAGUGAAUUAGCCACCACUAAAAAAAGGGAGGAGGAGUUGAUGGAGAGAAUAAAAGAAUUGA